UUAGAGUCGCUAAGCUAACAACUACCUGUAGCGUAAUGUUUACCGGAGACAAAUAAGUAUCAAUCUUUGAAUCAAACUUAUUUUCGGGCAAAGAUGUGGUAUUAACAAGAUGAAGGCCAUGCAGGUGAUUUUCUUGACUCUUCUGGUUGUCCUGGUAACCAGCGCUCAGGUGUUGAAGUCCGGCAAAUGUCCCAAACCAGCUGUUCAGGCCAACUUUGACGCUUCCAAGUACCUCGGUAAAUGGUACGAGAUCAAGAAGCUGCCAAACCGCUUCCAGCUGGGAGAGUGCAGCACUGCCCUCUACAACCUGAAGAGUCCUGGAGUCAUCGAGGUCCUCAACAGCGAGCUGCUUGGCGAUGGAACCAUUAGUUCUGUCGUUGGCACUGCCACAGUCAAGGACCCCUCUGAUCCUGCCAAGCUGGAGGUCACCUUCUUUCAAGGAACUCCUCCUGGUCCGUACUGGGUUCUGUCCACAGACUACGAGAGUCACUCCCUGGUCUACGGCUGCACCGACUACGGCCUGUUCCACCUCGAGUACUCGUGGAUCCUGAGCAGAGAGCCCACUCUGCCCGAGGAGACCUUAGAGGAGCUGGAUGGCAUCUUGUCCUCGAUCGGAGUCGACGUGAACAAGUUGGACCCAACCAACCAGAAUGAGGCUUUCUGCAGCGCCAUGCACAAGUAAACAGAGAUAGUCCCGUUUCAGCCUCUGCAAGACGAGGCGACUUGGAUCCAUGACGAGAUGACACACAGCUGCAGUGUGAGCUGCUUCCCCCUGUGGAUACAUCAAGCAAAGUCAUUGCAAUAAAAAAGUGAAAA